GAACAUGAUAUUGAGACCCCUUAUGGGAUGCUGCAUGUGGUGAUCCGCGGGGCACCCAAAGGAAACAAGCCUGCCAUCCUCACCUACCACGACGUGGGACUGAACCACAAGCUGUGCUUCAACACUUUCUUCAAUAAUGAGGAUAUGCAGGAGAUCACCAAGCACUUUGUGGUUUGCCACAUCGAUGCCCCGGGGCAGCAGAUUGGAGCAUCACAGCUGCCACAGGGGUACCAGUACCCUACUAUGGACCAGUUGGCUGGGAUGCUGCCCACUGUGGUGCAGCACUUUGGAUUUAAGAGCAUCGUUGGGAUUGGAGUUGGAGCUGGAGCUUACAUUCUGGCCAAGUUUGCUCUGAUCUUCCCCGACCUGGUUGAGGGUUUGGUUCUGCUCAACAUCGACCCCAAUGGCAAAGGCUGGAUUGACUGGGCUGCCACCAAGCUGUCAGGUCUGACCAGCGCUCUGCCAGAUACUGUGCUGCCACAUCUUUUCAGCCAGGAGGAGCUGAUGAACAACACAGAGCUGGUGCAGAGCUACCGGCAACAGAUCAACAACACCGUCAAUCAGUUCAACCUGCAGCUUUUCUGGAACAUGUACAACAGUCGGAGGGACCUGGAGAUGAAUCGCAGUGGGACGGUGAUCAAUGCUAAGACCCUGAAGUGUUCUGUGAUGCUGGUCGUGGGAGACAACGCCCCUGCUGAGGAGGGAGUGGUCGAGUGCAACUCCAAACUAGACCCAACCAACACCACCUUCCUGAAGAUGGCUGACUCUGGCGGACUUCCUCAGCUCACACAGCCUGGCAAGCUGACCGAAGCCUUCAAGUAUUUCCUGCAGGGAAUGGGCUACAUCGCUUAUGUGAAGGAUCGGAGGUUGAGUGGAGGGCCAGUGCCCUCUGCCAGUAUGACCCGCCUGGCUCGCUCAAGGACGGCCUCUCUGACCAGCGCCAGCUCCAUUGAUGGGUCCCGCUCUAGGGCUUGCACCCAUUCCGACAGCACCGAGGGAGUCGGCACGGUCACCCACACCAUGGAGGUGUCCUGCUAAGGAGUCAGCCAGCCACAGAAAGAGGGAGGGAGGGGGGAGAGAGAGAUUGAAAGAGAGAGUCAAGAAGGAAUAACAGCAAAGUGGAGAAUGGGGGAAUGGUCUGAGGAAAAGUUUUUUUUAAAAGUAACAGAGUGAAGGUUUGACUACCUCUCGGGUAGAACGAGACAGCAAAAGGAAGUUAAGUUCAUGAACAGGAGGCUCUCUCUGUCUUCGUCUAUCUCCCCCAGAUAUAUUGUCUGCCAUCUUCUUCCAUCCUCCACUGUAAAAUACCAUAUGUACCGCUACUAAAACCCCCAACCACACCUGUCACUCAGCACUUAAAGAUUUAGGCAACUGUUUUUGUUAUUGAAGUGUCAUUCUUGUGUUUGCUAAGUGUCUCCUCAUUCUUUGCCUGCUUCUUUUUUAAACUACCCCCCACCCUCCCCCCACAAAAAAAGAAAGUAACCCUGUCAGUCAACAAUCCACACAGCAAUAUGUGAUACUGAGCUGCUGUUAAUAAUCUGAUAUAAAAACCUGUCCGAGAAGGAGAACGCGGAAAAAACAAGGAAAACAGAACUUUUAGGGGGUAAUACAAUGGAAAAGUGUUGUUUAUUAGUAUUUUGCAAGCAGUUUAUUCUUUUUCUUUUGUAUGGACAAAAUGUGAGCAUCUCUCUCUGUUGUUUGUAAGGGUUAUUUAUCUUCACCAGUGACAGGUGAGAAUCAGAUGGGGUGUGUCCAGAAUUCGACAGACAGCAGAACAUAGCCUAUUGUGGUCAAGUGCACCAGUAGUGUUUAGAGAGGAUUUGUUAGCUUUUUUAGUCUAAAAGCAUAGCUAAAGUACACCACGCUGCACUUCGUAAUAUUUGUGUGUCAAACUUGUAAACGACACUUAAAAUACGAAAUAGUGGUAUCAUCAGCUGUGUGUUUCAGCUUCAUGGAAAUCCAUCUCUGUAAUAAUAGUUUGAGUCUGUGUGUUCAGGGUAGUCACAGAUCUUUAUCUAAGGACACGAUCUAAGGCUGGAGUCUGUAAACUCGUAUCACCUCUUUACAGGAAAUUAAACCCAGGCUGCCAAUUGUAAGCACACUAAAACCUAGCCACUACACCACCAGGUAGCUUAGCUGACACAAAUGUGUAGCUUCACUUUUUGUAUUGCUUUUACCAUGAUACUCUGUAAAUGAUAUGGCCAAAGUAUAACCAAACUUGUGUUUGAAUAAUCUUGAUUUUGAGCAAGAUGACAAUCUGCGAUUUGUGAGACACUGGAGUCCACCUAUUGUUUAGUAUCAAAUGAGAUAUACAUGUAAUAAUCCCACGGAGCUAAUGUAGCAGCAAAGUUACUAUAAAGUACUUGAUCAGCAUGCAGACAACUCAGAUGUGGAAUUGAACUUGUAUUUCCCAACUUUAAUCACUCACCUAUAAUCACUUUCUGUUCUAACAAUAACUUACAAAAUGAAGUAUUUAACUGCUUGAAAAAAAUUAUUGCACUAAAUGCACCAUUAUGAAUUGAAUAGUUUCAUGUAUAAUGUUUAUAUGUAGCAUGUAAACUGAGGAAUAAAGUUAAGCCUAAUAGAGGAAUAUUAUUGUAUCUGAGCUUAAAUUCACACUAACUAGGACACUGUGGAUUAUUUCCAUUUAAUCACUUGUUAUGUCACUAAUCAAAAACAAAAUCAGAACUCUCAAAUAAAUAGCACUUAAAAAGUGGUCUUUCGAGAGAAAGCUCUAUCCUCUUAGGUGUAAGGCUGUAUCCAGCAUCACAGAGAGGGCAGGCUGUUGAACACAAGUGGUUUACAAGUGUCACAUUAUUGAUUAUAUAAGUUAAAAGUUCCCUUUAUUACUGCCAUUUGGAGCAGUUUAAGCUGUGUGUCAUCUCACAUUUCUAAGACAAUCCACUACAUAAUGUAGGCUAGAUAAAUAUUUAUUAACAUGUAUAUGCAUGUGAAUGUAAGAGUAAUCUUAGGGCAUUCUAGUAUCUGAGUAGUAUAGCAUUAGGGCAUUCUUCAUUAGCACCUUACAUGUGGCUAGUUAAAUAGAGCCAUGGAUGCAACCACCAUCAUCAGUCUGUAACUCCAGUACAUGGCUGUGGUUCUGGCCGUAGUCGGCUCUUCGUGGUCUCUAACAUGACAAUCACACUCUGACCCAAACCAAACCAGACCAGGGGGACUGAGGCAGAACCAGGCUAACCCGAGAAGCUCUCUUUCUGGGUCACCACUAAAGAACUUGCAGCAGCCUUCCCUUACAGUGCCCAGUCCCUCUUCGUGGAUAUACCAAAGCUGCCCCCACCCACACCCACACAAACACACAUACACACUCACACAAGUAUCCAAAAUCACACACAUACAAACAUAUUCUCAAUCACACACACGUUUUCCACAUACCCUCUAAAAUUAAAGCUGCGUGGGCUGUGCUUUGUAAGGGAACUAAAAAUAAGAAGACAUAAAUGCACAAAAUCUCACACAAGAAGGAAUUCAUUGCUAUGUGGUCAUUGUGUGUUUGAUUUGAUGUGUAACCGUAAUCUCACCAGUAUAGAUGUGUAUAUAAAUGUAUAGUUUUAGACUAGUGAAGCUGUGUGCUGUUAUCUGUAAUACUGGACCACCCUGUCAGUAGUGAUCAGAGACGGGGUCCCUUGGCUUUUGGCUUAGUAAUGUAUAGUAUUCAUGUACCAUAGUCACCUUCUCCUGUUUCCAGUUUUACAAAAAACCCUUUGGUCCCCUGUCAGAAGGGGCGUAGCUUCCAAUCGCUGAGGUGUGCGCUUUCUCGAGGCGGCCUGUAAGGGGCGGGGCUUUUUUGGAGCCAUUUGGGCGCCAAGCUCAGAAUGUAGGGCAACCCCCAGCCACCUUAAAAAACAACCCCUUUCCCCUAAAAAAAUCACAAGGUGCCCCGGCUCUCACAGGCAAACCCAGUCGCACCCUAAAGGGCUAUCAGCUGAAGUCACUUUUUAAAAUGUUGGUAGUGUUAGUCGUGUUUCUGAGCAUCAAGGGGCCCAGGAGAGUAUUAGCAGUUUGAUAGAGAAUAGAAGGGAUUGUUACCAACACAUAGAGAGAGAUUCUGACUUGAAAAAUAGUGAAUGAAUGUCAAAGGAAAAAGAAUGUGAUUUUGUUAAAGCUGGAGAGAUUAUUGUUGAAUUGUUUGAAAAAAAUGCUAACGUGGGAAGGAAAGAUUAUGAGAAGAUAUUUGACAGUCAGAUCAAACGACUCAGUCAUUCCUCGCAGGACCUCGUGGGUACAUUUUAUGAACACUGAAGUUCGCAUGUAGUGGAGUUCGUAUACGAUCAUCUGUCAGUGUUUUCUCUCUUCAUUAAGCUAUUUUCUGCCUUGUUUGUUUCCUCCUACAUGACUUUUAAACAAAACGCCUGGGGGGCUCCUGAAUGUAUUUUGACCCUUUUUGAAGUGCUGUACAGUAUUGUCCUAACCUCCAUAACUUACGCCUCUCAGAACCCUUCACUAUGGUUUUCACUUCUAUCCCUGCUCCACAUCUUUGACAUUUAACCAUGUACAUGAAAACCCAGCUCCUUCCUGCUCCUCCUCUAGUUCUAUAAAUAGUGAAGUUCAGUAGCGAUUUGUGAAAGCCCACAGUAAGGUGGCCCUGGAUCAGUUUGUAUAGACCUUGGUCCUCCUUGCAUUUGUAGAUACUUUUUAUUUAUAGAGCAGGUUACCCAGUCUGAAUACUCUUAACACUAAUGUAUUGUGAAGAAAACUUACAACAUAUUUCUGUUCCUCUUCCCUUGGAGUUUCUCUUUUUUAUAGAAAACAAUAGAGUGUAACCUCAUCUUGGUAUAAUGACAUUGGUUAGUGUGUACUACCACUAUUCUUCUUCUUACUGCCAUUAUGAUUGAUUUGUAUUGAGCAAUAAGUUCUUUUUUUCUUCUUUGAUUGCUUCAUAUUGUGGGAGUCUUCCCUAUGAGCUUGUUUUCAAUCAGAACAGCAGAAGGACUCUUACCUGCUUUGUUGUCAUUCAGAUGUGUAAUGUAAAGUUUAAAUAUAUUAUAUAUAAAUACAUAUACAAAGUAAGCUGUCUCUGUCCAUGUACUGAUGAAGUAACAAGUAAGAAAUAAAGACUAUAUAUAAAAA